CCGUUUCCGUAGCCGCCCUCGGGACCGCCCAGGCCUUGGUUCAUGCCCUCUCCUCUCCAGGUGUUGCUCAGGGCCGUCCGCUCGGCGCUGCCGCUGCUGCCUUCGCCCCGGCUGCCCACCCGGCCCCUUAGCGCCCCGACCGCGCGGCCCGCUGCGGCCGCCGCCUCCCGAAGCAGCAUGGACGGCACGGAGGAGGUGCUGGCCCCGCUGCGGCUCGCCGUGCGCCAGCAGGGAGACCUUGUGAGAAAAUUGAAAGAAGAUAAAGCUCCACAAGUGGACGUGGACAGAGCAGUAGCUGAGCUCAAAGCCCGGAAGAGGGUUCUGGAAGCAAAGGAGCUGGCAUUGCAGCCCAAAGAUGGCAUCAUAGACCGAGCAAAAAUGGAGGACACCCUGAAGAGGAGGUUCUUCUAUGAUCAAGCUUUCGCUAUUUAUGGAGGUGUCAGUGGUUUGUACGACUUUGGGCCAGUGGGAUGUGCUUUGAAGAACAAUAUCAUCCAGACUUGGAGGCAGCACUUUAUCCAAGAGGAACAGAUUUUGGAGAUUGACUGCACUAUGCUCACUCCUGAGCCAGUUUUAAAGACCUCUGGCCAUGUAGACAAGUUUGCUGACUUCAUGGUGAAAGAUGUGAAAAAUGGAGAGUGUUUCCGUGCUGACCACCUGCUGAAGGCACAUUUACAGAAACUGAUGUCUGAUAAGAAGUGCUCCGCUGAGAAGAAGUCUGAGAUGGAAAGUGUCGUGGCCCAGCUUGAUAACUAUGGACAGCAAGAACUUGGGGAUCUUUUUGUGAACUAUAAUGUAAAAUCCCCUACUACUGGAAAUGAUCUGUCCCCUCCAGUACCUUUUAACUUAAUGUUCAAGACCUUCAUUGGGCCUGGAGGAAACAUGCCUGGCUAUUUGAGACCAGAAACUGCACAGGGGAUUUUUCUGAAUUUCAAACGACUUUUGGAAUUCAACCAAGGAAAGUUGCCUUUUGCUGCUGCCCAGAUUGGAAAUUCCUUUAGAAAUGAGAUCUCCCCUCGGUCUGGACUGAUCCGAGUCAGGGAAUUCACAAUGGCAGAAAUUGAGCACUUUGUAGACCCCAACGAGAAAGACCACCCCAAGUUCCAGAGUGUAGCAGACCUCCACCUUAAUUUGUAUUCAGCAAAAGCCCAGGUCAGCGGACAGUCUGCUCGGAAAAUGCGUCUAGGAGAUGCUGUUGAGCAGGGUGUGAUUAACAACUCAGUGUUGGGCUAUUUCAUUGGCCGCAUCUACCUCUACCUCGUGAAGGUUGGAGUGUCUCCUGAUAAACUCCGCUUCCGACAGCACAUGGAGAACGAGAUGGCCCAUUACGCCUGUGACUGUUGGGAUGCUGAGUCCAAAACGUCCUAUGGCUGGAUUGAGAUUGUUGGAUGUGCCGAUCGUUCCUGUUACGACCUCUCCUGUCAUGCACAAGCCACCAAAGUUCCACUUGUAGCUGAGAAACCUCUAAAAGAACCUAAAACAGUGAAUGUCAUUCAGUUUGAACCUAAUAAGGGAGCAGUUGGCAAGGCGUAUAAGAAAGAUGCCAAGCUGGUGAUGGAGUACCUUAGCACCUGUGACGAAUACUACAUUACAGAAGUGGAGAAGCUGCUGAGUGAAAAAGGGGAAUUCACUAUUGAAACUGAAGGGAAAACAUUUCAGUUAACAAAAGACAUGGUCAGCGUGAAGAGAUUCCAGAAAACACUACAUGUGGAAGAAGUUGUCCCGAGUGUGAUUGAGCCCUCCUUUGGCCUGGGCAGGAUCAUGUAUACUGUUUUUGAACACACAUUCCAUGUCCGAGAAGGAGAUGAACAGAGAACGUUCUUCAGUUUCCCUGCUGUGGUUGCUCCAUUCAAAUGUUCCGUCCUUCCACUGAGCCAAAACCAAGAAUUCAUGCCAUUUGUCAAGGAAUUAUCUGAAGCUCUGACCAGGAAUGGAGUGUCUCAUAAAGUAGAUGAUUCCUCUGGGUCCAUUGGAAGGCGCUAUGCCAGGACUGAUGAGAUUGGCGUGGCUUUCGGCAUCACCAUUGACUUCGAUACAGUGAACAAGACCCCCCACACUGCAACUUUGAGGGACCGAGACUCCAUGCGGCAGAUAAGGGCAGAGGUCUCUGAAUUGCCCAGCGUGGUCCGCGAUCUGGCCAAUGGCAGCAUCACCUGGACUGAUGUGGAAGCCAGGUAUCCUCUCUUUGAAGGGCAAGAGACUGGCAAAAAAGAGACAAUAGAGGAAUGAAACAGUUUGGCAACUUGUGACUAGCUGUGCUAAUAAAAAUAACUAGUAUCAUGUCUGCUGCACCAAAAGAAAAAAAUUGUGAUUGCUCCCAGGGACUGUUUUAUCCUCAGUGGCUGCCUGAUUUUACCCACCACAAUUAAAGUUGGAGGAAUUCUGAAAAGUUUAUAA